ACGCUUAUUUGUACUCGUAAUGACGUAAUGACAAUCGUCACGCUUAAAGGUCUUGACCUGGUUUAUCAUUAAAGUACUGACUUCCUUUUAGUUUUAAAUAUUAAAUUAAUUUAGUAGGUAGUGGAUUUGUUAACUUUUGUAUUUUAAUUUUAUGACCGAACACAAGUCAAUUCGAGUUACAAUUAAUAUUAACAAUUUAAUAGAAAUCUGAAUUUUUCAGUGACAAAGAACUGCGAUUUUUAAAUACAAUUUCUUAGAAUAUUGAUUAUUUUGUACAGUUUUCUCAGUGCAAUGUACUCAACCAAUACUUCAUAAAGCUACAUUGUGAAGAAGCGAAAGUAAAAGAAAAUAAUCGGGAACAGGUGUCAAAGAAUCCUUUUAUAUCGCUCCCGACCACGCUCGCCAAUGGGUAGUCGUAAAAACUUACCACUUCAUCGAGUGGGUUCCCUGAAUCGGGGGAGAGUCGGGCGCGAUCGGGAAACUUCGGGUAAGCUCGGAACGUUUGGGCGGGAGGAAGAAAAUUCAGUAUCGAAGCACCGCGCGCAAGGAUUGUCGUCUCUGUGUUUCAUUUCCGAUACUGUGCAACAUCGUCAACUGAGUUCAUUGUUUAAUUUUUUUUGAUAGUGAUUUUUUUCUGUUUCAGUACUCACGUGUGGUUUAUUUGUGUUUAUAGUGAAAUUGAGUUGUGAACAAAAUUAAUUUAACUUCAACGAAAGCGAUGUUAGGGUGUCCCAUUAAAAGUGCGACACUCACUGAGGUUUCACGGUGUCGCCGCAAGCCGAGAGCAUUAAGUAUUUGAGGUGGAACAACCAGGGUAUGACGUCCAAAGGUGAAGACGAUCGCUGCACUGCGGGGUGAACAGGCAGUUGGCAUGUGGGUUCUAGUGAUGCUCGCCCUAGCGGCGGUAGCCACAGCCGAUUGCCCACGUCACUGCGAAUGCAAGUGGCGCAGCGGCAAAGAAUCCGCACUAUGUGCACGCGCCGGACUCUCAUCUAUCCCUCCACGACUAGACCCGACCACGCAAUUGCUAGAUCUCUCAGAAAAUCGACUACCGACUCUACGUGAUGAUGUCUUUGCCUCAGCGGGACUUCUUAAUCUUCAACGUCUUUAUCUUCCUUCAUGCAGCGUCCGAACUAUACGUCAAUAUGCCUUCCGCGCUCUAGUGAAUCUCGUUGAGUUAGAUUUAUCUCGAAACCGACUUGAUUCAGUGCCAUCACACACAUUUGAUUCCAUACCCGAACUACGUGAGCUAAAACUGAGUGGUAAUCCAAUAGCAAAGAUUUUAGAUGAAUCAUUCACUUCAUUACCACAUUUGGUACGCCUCAGUCUUAGUUCUUGUAAGGUUGCUGAAAUAGAGCUCCGGGGAUUUACUGGUUUGGAGUCGUCUUUAGAAUAUUUGGAGCUUAGCCGGAAUAAGCUACAGGUUCUACAUGUUGCAGUACUAGCAUCGUUACGAUCUUUGAAAGGAUUAGAAUUGGCAAAUAAUCCUUGGGAAUGUACUUGUGCAUUGAGACCUCUACGUGAUUGGAUGAUUACAAAAAAUGUACCAGCAACUGUGGUGCCAGAAUGUGCAUUGCCUCCCCGAUUAAUGUCGCAUUCUUGGGAUAGAUUGGACUUGGAAGACUUUGCGUGUCAACCAGUGGUCAGUGCUUUUUCAAGUAACUUGAAAGGAGUGGAAGGGGAACAAGUUGUAUUAGUGUGUCAAGUAAAAGGAGUACCAGCACCGAGAGUUCGCUGGGUACGUGCUGGUCGAUUACUGGCAAACACUACUUCUAAUGUCAAUUCUGGUAGAGCUUUUAUGUUACGUAGUGAAGGUCAUACGAGUAAUUUAACAAUAGUAUCUGCUGAUAUUCAAGAUGCUGGAUCGUAUACUUGUAGUGCCGAAAAUCGGGCAGGAAAGGCUGAACUUACUUUGAAUUUAGUCAUAGAGAAAAAACUGGAAAAAACAGCAUUUUCUAUCUUUAAUGUAAUUGUAGGCCUAAUUGGAUUUAUUGGCCUUCUAUUAGUUAUAUUAACAACAGUAAUGUACGUGAUGGGUUUUUAUAAAAAAAGACAAGUGGAUCGAUGGGAUCAACAAAUUGUAACAACGAGUCAUCGUGACGAUACAUAUGAGAAAAUUGAAGCUGGUAUAAAAAAUAUAGUCGAAGUACCAAAGAUACUACCUAAUGACAACAAUCGUAAAAGAGGCGAUUAUAGAAACGUUCCAUCACACGACCCAGAAGAUGAAUUAGAAGGAUAUCUGCGAGGCGAUUUGCAAGAGGAAAGGGAAUGUGCGAUAUCUCCACCUAUUGAACCAAAUUGGCGAAGAUCAGAUUUUGAACAAAUAACAAGAAAAGUUAACGUAGAACAAGAUUUACACAUACCUCAAUAUAGCGAAUACAAUUUACGAUGUGACGCAACCCCAGAAUCGAUCCAAAGCUCAAAUUCAGCAGGAAUAAUGAAUCCGCAUUUAGAAAUCCUGCCGGACAAUAAGAGAUUUAACAAUAAUUCGAAACCUUGUCAUCGUUCGAGACCCCGGGAUCGUUUGGACAACGACCUCUCCGGUAGCGACAGUGAAAAAAACUAUCCUGAUCUAAUAGAAAUGAGUACUUUGGGUACCUCAAGCUAUUUGCAAAGCGAGAUGAAGCACGAUCCCUAUCAUUUUUACACAAUUCCUCGAAGAAAAGAGGGCGACAGUCGAAGUCCACUUCUCAAUAGUCGUAGAAAUAGUUCUGGUGGAGAUUCUGCAUCUUUUCUUGAUAGGUGUUAUGAAAAGUCACGACGAUCAUCGGGUAGGCGGUCUAAUAGUUUUUUAGAUCUUUCUACCGGUGGAAGCCGAGUAAGGCGUAAUCCAAGCCUUCCCGCUUCGCCUUCAAGGGAGCAACCGACUGUUCCGUCCGCGACGCCCUUGCUAGACCUAUCUGGGCUUCGAGACUACUCUCGCGCAGGUCAGACGUUGGACGAUUUUGAUUUUAGAGCAUCACAAUUGGAGAAAUUUUUAGAGGAGUACAGAGCUCUACGCGAACAAUUAUCUAGAAUGAAAGAAACUCGCGAAAAUUUACAAAGGACAAGGGCUGCAGAAAAUGAUGAAUUACGGUCGAUUUUAAAAGGAAAACCAAGUAUAGCUGUCACUGAAACAUCUUCCUCGGUCGCCUUAGCAGAUGCAGCAUCGCCACUCGCUCUCAGCCCCACAGAAUACAAGACACAACAGCAGAGGCCGGAGUGGCUAACGACCUUACUAUAUCGAAACUAAUAGAGCUUUUGUUAUAAAAAUAAGUUUUGUAUGUGAUAUUUGGUGAGAUCGGUGGAUUUAUAAAAUUAAACUGCAUUAGUGAGUGCUGUAUAAAAUGAUAAAAUUCGGAACUAAAACAUUAGUUCAUUCAUUAAAUGACUGUUAAUAGAAUAUAAAAUUGUAAAUACAAUUUCGGAAGUGAUAUCUAUGAUCAAACAUAAUAAUUAAGUUAUUGUUUAUAGACAAGGUGCAAAAUGCAUUCUUUCAAUGUUGAAUUAAAAUAUAUCAACUUCAAAUAAUA